AUGGCACAAGUGGAAUCUGACAUUGUUCCUGGAAAUGUGCGAGAUAUGGUAAACCGGCUCUCGAGGGACAUGACCAACCGUGCACCAUUCUCAGUUCAUCAGCAGAUUGACAGAAGACCCCUCCCCACAAUUUCUGCUCAACCUCCAGUUCAACUUUUUGUUGCAACGUACGCAUACAGUUCGAAACAAGAAGAUGAACUCAGUUUUGUUGCUGGAGAUAUAAUUGAGCUAAUUAACGAAGUCGAAGAUGGCUGGAGUCGAGGGAAAUUGAAGUCGAAUGGCACAAUCGGAAUGUUCCCCACUAAUUUCGUGGCUCCGAAAGUUGUUCCAACUACACCACCCUCCACCACGACUGCCGCAACUGCUACGAAUUCCGCAACUGCCACGACUUCUGCCGCGCGUCCGAAAACUGGAAACAGUGAAGUUGUGAUGCGAGCUGAGCCCAAAGCCAUUGAUAGAACUCCUUCGACGAUUAUCUCUGAGCAGCCUUCUGUUCUUAAAACCACAGAACCCAAGUAUUCCAAUGUUUCUACAGUACUGCCAUCUUCAGCGAGCUCUGAAAUCAAAAUGGCACGUGUGAAAUUUGUGUAUGUUCCUCAACAUGAUGAUGAGCUUGCUUUGAGAGACAUUGACAUGCUUCUUAACAUCACGACGAAGAAUUGCGGAGAUGCAGGAUGGUUUGAGGGAGAACUAAAUGGAAAGAAAGGCCUCUUCCCGGACAAUUUCGUAGAAUUGGUGCAGGUACCAGUUGGUACCGAAUCCGGAGCCAAAUAUUCGUCGGUGUCACGGGCAACGGCUCUCAAUUUGUCUCAUAAACCUCCGCCAAUGAACCCACCUCAGCCUGCUGUUCCUCCGAAACCGUCGAAAGUAGCUACAACUGACCCAAUCCCAUCUACUAUUCUUCCUGCUUCCCAAGCUCCUAUAGUUCCUGUGGCAACAACUUCAACCAACAACAUGCCAUCUGUAAAUGCGUCCAAAAACAAUAACUUUGCUGCUCUUCGAGAGAAAAUGUCCAACAACCUGAAAGUUGUUGCACCAGAAAAGGUGGCUUCCAUUCAACAGAAGCCUACAGAACCACGAGAUCGGUCAUCUACAAUUGAAUCAUCGAACGGAGAAACGCCAAUCGAUAACAACAGCAGCGGGGAUCAAGUCACCGAGUUACAGCACAUUACCAAAAAUCGUGCACGCCCACCGAAAAACCGCCCGAUGAGCAUGGUGAUGAAUCGUCAUCGGUCAUCGGACGAGUCGCCAACUGGCCGCCUUAGUUCUCCAACCUCUGUAUCUACAAUCAACGCUAUGUCGGCUUCUAUGUUUGUUGCUCCUGCCACUAAGGAUAUUCUGAUUCCUUCCAACAGCACAUCAUCUUCACCAUUCAAAACAUCAUCUGCAGCUCCAGCGACUGUUGCUCCACCGUCUUCUGCAUCGAAACCUGCACUUCGCCCUAUUGCUAGUAACAAUUUUACAGAACACCAUGAUUCAUCAGUCAUCAGAAAGUUAGCUUCACCAGAAAGCGGGAAGUCUCCGGAUUUUUCCUCUUCCUCCGUGUAUGUCAGUCGGUCCGAGUACGAUGAUCUUCUGGAUCGAUUCCGUGCCUUGGAAGCGAGAGUUAUUGCUUUGGAGAAGCUUCGUUCUUAG